UGUGGGCUGCGCUGUGCUGUGACAGCUCAGUAAGCGGCUGAAGCGCUCGGCUGUGGAGGAAUGGACUGCCUGAACUUCCACUGCGAUGUCCUCUGACAGAACAUGUCGCCGUGUGUGAAUAUGUUUCAGCAGCGUGUGUGAGCGUGUGUGUGUGUGCAUCUGUAUCGGGGUGCAUACAUGUACGGGCAACGCGAUGGCUCUGAACCGAGUUUCCCAACUCUGCCACGAUAUCACCAGGCUGUGGCUGCAACUGAAGAUGAUGACAGAUGACAUCCUGCAGAGGGAGGAUGGCCUGCUGUGCGCAGAAAUCGGCUCUGAGCUCCAGAAACAGUUUGCCAUCCUGCCAGGGGGCCGCGGGAUGAACGGCAGCCCCAUCAUUGUCUUCCCGGAGUUCCCAGCUUUCAGCGAGCUGGAGGAGGGGGAGGUCCAAAAUGUCCUCAGCUACCUCGCCAGCGUCCCCAGCGUCGCAGCAUCAGGAGAGGGUUUCAUCCUGGUCAUCGACAGACGGCUGGACCGAUGGGCCGCCGUCAGGGCUACCCUGCUCCGCAUCGCUGGCUCAUUUCCAGGGAACUUACACUUGGUUCUGGUGUUGCGUCCCACGACUUUGCUCCAGCGGACUCUGUCAGACUUCCUGUUCAAGUUCAACAGGGAUGAGUUCAAAAUGAAGGUGGUCAUGCUGAGUUCGGUGACUGAGCUCCAUGCCUAUAUCGACCCAGGGCAACUGACCACAGAUCUGGGAGGCACGCAGGAGUACUGCCAUGACAGCUGGAUUUCCCACCGCACUGCGAUCGAGGCUUUCGCCCUCAUGGUGAAGACCACGGCUCAGACCCUGCAGGCAUUCGGCACGGAGCUCGCCGAGACGGAGUUGCCCAACGAUGCCGAGGCCACCACCAACCUGCUGCACACACACACUCUGAAGAAGGAGAAAAUGAAGGAGGACCUACAGGUGGCGCUCUCUCAGGGGGGGCGCCUGUUGGAGUGCAUCAACGAACCUCUACAGACGGACCCUGAAUACAGAAUGACUUACGAUGAACUGGAAAACCUAGCUACUGUACAGAGACUCCUGGGUCAGCUCGACGAGACGGAGGCGGCGUUCGACGACUUCUGGGAACGCCACCGCACCAAGCUGGAGCAGUGUCUGCAGCUCCGCCAUUUUGAACAUCACUUCCGUGAAGUGCGUGCCCAGCUUGAUGUGACGGCAGAGCGAUUGGCGGGUUUCUCUGAGGUCAGCGUGAGCCCCGCCCAUGCCGAGCACGUCCUCCGAGAGCUCAGCGGCCACGAGGACAAGGCCUGCGACGUGCUAGACCGUGCCUUGUCCUUGGCCAGCGAAGGCGACAUGUUGAUAGAAAAUUCUCACUACGCCGAGGACUCCAUCAGGCCCAAGUGCAGCGAGCUGAGAGGGGUGUGCGAGGAGGUCAGCUCAACCCUGAGGAGCAAGAAGAGCCUCCUGCUCAGGGCCAUGGAGCUCCACCACGCUCUGGAGAAGGCGUCGCGGUGGUGCGAGGAGGGCAUCUUCCUGUUGGCCAGCCAGUCGGUGGACCGCUGUCAGUCUCAGGACGGCGCCGAAGCAGCUCUGCAAGAACUGGAGAGAUACCUGGACACGGCGUCGCUGCACACCCUCGCCGACCGCAACGCCAUCUGCUGCCAGUAUGAGGCCACGCUCACAGCUCAGCUCAGGGACCAGGUGGAGAGAGUGUUCCAGAAGCAGAGCUCGGUCCAGGAGAUGUUCGAGAAGCGACGCGUCAGCCUGAAGAAACUCGCCGCCAAACAGACCAGACCAGUGCAGCCGGUAGCGCCGCGACCUGAAGUGAAGUCUCCGCUCUCCUCCCCCAAUCAACAGAGGAAAGAGAGAAGGUACUCCGCGGAUAACGCCAUCUGCAAAAAGGCGGAGUCCCCCAUCCACAAUGGCGGCACCAGACAUGCUUCACUCUCAGAAGAAGAAGAAAACCUGGCAGUGCUUAGGCGCCACGUUAUGAAUGAACUGCUGGAGACGGAGCGAGCGUAUGUGGAGGAGCUACUGUGUGUGCUGGAGGGCUAUGCGGCUGAGAUGGACAACCCCGCCAUGGCUCACCUCAUCCCCGGCACCCUGCUCAGCAAGAAGGACGUUCUGUUCGGCAACAUGUCUGAAAUCUAUCAGUUUCAUAAGAGGACAUUUCUAAAGGAACUGGAAGCGUACACUGACUGCCCAGAGCUGGUGGGCCGCUGCUUUUUAGAAAGGAUGAAGGACCUACAGAUCUACGAGGCUUACUGCCAGAACAAACCUCGCUCUGAGAGCUUGUGGAGACAGUGCUCCGACUGUGCCUUCUUCCAGGAGUGCCAGAAGAAACUGGAACAUAAACUUGGUUUGGACUCCUACCUCCUUAAACCUGUCCAGAGAAUCACCAAGUACCAGCUACUGCUUAAGGAGUUGCUAAAGUACAGCAAGGGCCGCGAGGGCUGCGACGACCUGCAGGAAGCUCUCUCGUCCAUCCUGGGGAUCCUGAAAGCUGUCAACGACUCCAUGCACCUCAUCGCCAUCACAGGAUACGAGGGCAACCUGUCGGAGCUGGGCCGCCUGCUGAUGCAGGGCUCCUUCAGCGUGUGGACGGAGCAUAAAAAAGGCCACGCCAAGGUCAAGGACCUGGCCCGCUUCAAGCCCAUGCAGAGGCACCUGUUCCUGCACGAGAAGGCCCUGCUCUUCUGCAAGAGGAGGGAGGAGAACGGGGAGGGCUACGAGAAAGCGCCGUCCUACAGCUUCAAACACUCCCUCAGUAUGAGUGCGGUGGGUAUUACAGAGAACGCCAAAGGAGACAACAAGAAGUUUGAGAUCUGGUGCAACUCAAGAGAUGAAGUUUUUAUCGCACAGGCUCCAACGCCGGAGAUCAAAACGGCGUGGGUGAACGAGAUCCGCAAAGUUCUGACCCAGCAGCUCCAAGCCUGCAGAGAUGCCAGUCAGCAGAAGAGCUCGGACGCCGUCUCGCCGAGUCCCACCAGCAACAACACCUCCAUCUCCCUCAGUCCCUUUCGUAGCAGUGGGCAGAAAAACCAGAAGAAGCAGGAGGAGAAGAAGGCAGAGGCGAGCACAAUCUCUGAAGUCAACUCCUCCUCGUCUUCGCCGAAACACAAAGAUGAGCCGGUGACCAGUCCGACCACUGACAGGUCUUCAGUGGCUAAAAAGCGUUUUACUUUGCAGGGCUUCAGCAAUCUCAAGAGUCCCAAAGGCUCGGCCCUGAGCCCCGAGCACGGCUCCAAACGCCACUUGGUCAAGAGUGACCCCACGCCGUUUGGGUUCAAAGGCUGGAACAAGGCGUCUCUCUCGGUGGAUGCCUCGGAAGAGAACGACGGUUACUCCAGCGGCGAGGACCCCAUGAACUCCGACCCCGAGGACGACAUUGUGAAGAAGCUGGCUCCAGGGAAGUAUACGGUGGUGACGGACUGCGAGAAGGCGGGACCUCAGGAGCUGUCCGUCAAAAGCGGAGACAUGGUCCAGCUAAUCAGAGAGGGAGAGGACGGACAGUGGUUUGUGAAGAACCUUCGCACCAGUAAGGAGGGCUGGGUGGCCGCAGCAAACCUCCUCAGCCUCAUCUCAGAGUCCAAAUCAUCCCAGUCACUCAGCAGCUCAGAUGGCAGCGUCUCCGGGAACCUCAGCACUUCCUCCAGCUGCAGCGAGACCUACACCAGUUACUCCGACAUCAAACCCUGACCUGCCGCCGUCGCUGCCCGCACUCCAUCCCUCAAACUAAAAGGACAAUUUCUGGGGCGGAAUUAUAACGCCGUGAAGCCGACCCUGACAGGAGGAACUGGACCAUUCGUGCUUUUCAUCACACAGACAUCCAUCUCACAGCAUGUCGGAUCCAUUCGAAAAAAACCAAAGCAAUCGUUGCGUCUGCUAAUAUUACCAGUGUUUUAGCUGAGUAUUCGCUGCACCCACCUUUCCUAUUAUUUACAGUAUUCACAGCCAGUCCAAUUGUUUUCACUCUCAAGUCCUUUCAGCCUUCAGUAUGACCAGCAUAUUGGUAGAAUGUUAAGUGUGUUUUAACAGUUCAUCCCAGUCACAGAAAGUUCAGAUGAUUUAAAUAUCAGGGAAAAAUAGUUCCUCAGAGUACAAGUGAUGUAUCGCCUCCUGUCAGGCCUUCUUGAAGAAACACAAUAGAGAAAAGCUCAACGUCUAAUAACUUAAUAACUAAUUAUGUAGCAUUAAAAGUGGACAAAUUCAAAGAAUUUCCGCGCUAAAUCUGAGCAGUCGGCUGCAGCUUACAGGCCUUGCUCUAACCCCCUUUCGAGUCCAUCCAACAUCACAGCAUAGCGACAGAUUCUCAUGCGAAACAUCUACAGAUACCGCUUACGCUGGUAUUUCACACGAUACAUUGGCUUUAGUGUCCGACAUUAAACGUGCACUGUGAAAACUGGCAGCUGGCUGCAACAAAAAGACCAAGAAGGUCAAAUGUUCAGGGCGCGAUGCCGCAAGUCCUGUUUGUGCGACACACACCAGGUGACAUGUGUUGAAAUCAAUCGCUGUAGUGUUUGGCAGGUCAGCAAUGUCGAAGUAUUCAGAUCUCCAUGCUGUAUUCUUCCCAUUUUUUGGGGAAUCUGAGCUUCCCUCAACCCUGGCUCUGUGGUUAUUAACAACAAAUUAAAACACAGUCAAAUGUAUCACCGGCUGAAUGUCACCAACAGCACCACCUGGUGGUCGGAUCUCUUUGCACUUCUCCAGCUAUGCGUACAAAUCACUUAACACAAGAGAGCGGCAGCUUGGAACAACUUCAGAACCUCUUUUUUUUUUUUUUUCAUCUUUCUUUCCAAGACUGAUUGUCUCACUCGCCUCUGACUGAACAGCUCUGGAUUUUACCUCUCAGGAAGCCCAAGAAGUUGCGCGAGCAGGCAGCUGUGACUGCACACCCAGCUUGUGUCAACUACAUGUCUCUAUGUGCAUUAUUGCACUUGUGUGUGUGUGCGCGCGCUUCAAAAUACCCAUAUGUCAUGAACCUCCCAGAGAGACCUGUGUAGAGACAGAAACAGUGACGCAGUUAAUUUUACCGGCUGGAUUUAAAGGGUAGCUCCACCAGUUUCACACCUUAAAGUGUGUUUACAGUUCUUGGAAAGCACCGUAUGUAAUCUGAUAAAUUGCCUUCAGUCACUGAUAACAUGCCCUGACUGCCCGAUGUGCCACCCGACGCCCUUCUUCUGUUUCCAUUCCUGGUCUGAAGUGCGACGAGAGGUACAGCUGAUUCAUGAAGUAGUACUCCCUGAGACUUUAAAUUUCUGGAGUUACCCUUUAAUUUCUAUGCAGGUUUACUGAUAACCUUCAUAAUUUCAAGGAGCCCUGUAACCUCCAGUUUUAAGAACCCCAAAAAUCUCUACAUGAGCCCGGUUUUUGUGUCAUGGCCGCUGUGCUCACCUAUCUUUGGUCUGCACUGCAGCAACAAAAGCAGGCUUUGUCGCCCUCCCUGUGCUGCCAGUCCCACAGGCAUAUGACAGUGGCCACUUCUCUCUCUCUUUCUCUCUCUCGGACCUUCUCGACACGCUUGCACCGCCAGCCUGAGCAAUAUUUGUUCACCAGGCCCCACAAUGUAGCUGAGUAGCCGUCACGGUCGUAACGAGGUGCAACGAAAAUGAGUGAUCGUGAAGCCUUAGACGGCCCUGUCUUGGACCCUGGGCGUGGAAACGACGCUGACGGUGCGCCUCCGACAAACCAGCCGCUGUGACACCGUCCUUGACACACGCAAGAACCUGUGCUAUCCCGAAACACUGAAUGACACCUUUUUUCUUACCUUUUUUCCCCCCAAAGGUGAUCAUGAUUUUUAUAUCCCAGCAUUUCUACUGUAUUCAUGCACUGUAAAACAAUCUCUUCCUUUUUUUUCCAUUCUUAGUGUUGAAUGUGUGAAAACAAAAAAACAAAAACAAGUGCAGCAUGCUGUUACACACUGAAACCAGCCCGACCAGUUUAUGACUCAGACUGGGUUCUGCUCGUCCGCUGGCUUAACAAAACCCCAUGGCAAGUUUUGUUAAAUUUGGCCCCGAUUUGCCCUCCUCCCUAUGAAAGGAAAGACCUCCUCGGAAAAAUAAUAAAGAAGCUAGUUUACAGGCCUUUUCAGCGUCAAGCCGUGAGCUGAGAAUAAACUGUGGCCGGCGUUACGUGUUGAUCUGUGUAAGUUCCGUGAAAGACUGACAAAAUGUAUGUUACACUUUGUACAGAUGUGUCCUCUAUACCUCACAUUGUUUUUCCUCGAGAGCAUGUAUAUUCUGAAGAGGAUCAUGGUUUUUGUGAGUCUCCUUUGUCUUCUUUGUGUGUCAGCGCUCUCCGUGGCAUGUUCCUCAUAGCCCCAAUGUUAAAGCUCUCACAUAAAACGCCCUUGAAUUAAGGCAAGUAUUUUUACCAGACACUGUUGUAUUUUGUGAGAGUUUAUUUUCUGCCCUCAUAUGAAAGCUGACGCGGGGCACUAAACUUGUCAGCGUUUUAUUGACGUCUCACACAAUAAAUCGUAUUGAAUCGUUUUUACUUUUGACUCGGGAGGCCUGAGAGAUGAGAAGGGUUAUAUUUUUAAAUUUGUUUUUAUGCAGCACAUUGCAGCAACCACUGUCUUUAUUUUCCUAUUGUAUCUACUGAGUAUGGUGUUGAUAUAAAGAUAUUAUGAGACAUAUCUGUGUACAUUUGUAAAUAUGUAAUUCUGAAUUGUAUGUAAAAUGAAAAAGCAGCUUUAAUAAAGUCUGAGAUGGUUUCCUCUA